GUCACAGUAGCUCAAGGUAAGGUUGUACACACUCCUAGAACACUCAUAAGCAUAAACAAUGAAGGUCCUCCUCGUCGUCGUUUUGACACUGGUCGUCGUGGUCUCCUCCAGGAUGCCGUAUGUGCUUCCUGGUGGGUUUGAAAGUAUAAUACAGGGCCGUUCUCUCGUUAAUACCUUCAACUGUGCCGAUCGCCCCUUCGGCUACUAUGCAGAUGUCGAUAACGAUUGUGCUAUCUUCCACGUCUGUCAGCCAAUAGUCGACGGUGCCGGGGAGGUGUUGGAGAUGGCCCACUUCACCUUCAUCUGUGGCAACAGCACCGUCUUCAACCAGGAGUCACUCACAUGCGCCACCCCCGAGCUGGCCAUCCCCUGUGACCAGUCCGCCUUCUUCUACGACUCCACCAAUUCGGAGUUCGGCGUCAUCCCCAACACCGAGCUUAUUUCAUUACUUCGCUCUGGUAGAAUAAAUGAUCUUAGCUUCUAAUUAUCAAGAUGGAUGAUUUCAAGGCGAUACUUUGUUUAAGAUUAAUAAUGAUAAGGAAUUCCUCUUAUUUUUAUAACAGUAUUAUAGACAUAGAUUUAUGAUCAUUUACUGUAAAUUGUAUAUAGUAUUUGAUGUUAUGUCUAUCGAUGUGAUGUUUUUUUUUUUUUAUAAACAGUAGAAAACGUGUUUGGAGAUUCAUGUGUUUGUCUUCCAUAUAAAAAAAACUAUUCUCAAUCAUGGUUCUUUUGUUAAAUUCAAUUAUUGUAUUUUUUGUGAUUUCUGAAUGUGAUUUUCCUUCUUCAACAAAUAUUGAAAAUAAUCAUAAGUUUACUGCUGGUCUUCGUGGGGCCAUCAUAAGUGGUAUAUACACACACACACACACACACACACACACACACACACACACACACACAC